UUCUCAAGAGUCAACACCCAAAGCUUCUAUUCUUUGAAAUGGCUAAUUCUAACUUGUUCAUCAUUCUUGUCAUUUUAGCCAUUUCUCUUCCCUCCAUUUUGGCUACAGAUUACGUGGUUGGGGAUGCCACAGGUUGGACCAUGAAAUUCGAUUACCAAAAGUGGGCUGAGGGGAAGGAGUUUCGCGUUGGUGACAAACUUAUUUUCAAUUACCCACAAGGAGCACACAAUGUGAUGAGAAUAACUGAUGCAACUUCCUUCCAACAGUGUGUGAAGUCAGCUAGUGCUUCAACUUUGAGUUCAGGAAGUGAUGAAAUUAUAUUAAGUUCACCUGGAAAGAAAUGGUACAUUUGUGGAGUUGGGCAGCAUUGCGAAGCUGGAAAUCAGAAGCUAGCAAUAACAGUGCUGGCUGAAGGUGAAACUUUACCUCCAGUUUCUGCUCCUUCUCCUUCAACUACUCCUCCACCAUCCGCCGCAACUGCAAGGACUGCGUCACUUUUCUAUGGAUUCAUGGCUGUUGUGGCUGCUUUUGUUGGAAUCUUGAUGGUUUAAUUAUGUUUUUUCGUUAAUGAUAUAUAGUAUUUUGAGGAUUUGUUCUUUUCAUUGUUGCAGUUGCUGUUUGUAUAAUUUAAUUGCGAGUAUUGUUUU